UCAUGGCUGACGUCUGCCUCUUCCCCCUCGCUAUGGUUUCCAUGUAGGUCAAAUACGCUAUUGGGUGUUGGACUUGCCAACCUUGUACAUACUGCGAUCAGUGCGAUGGAUAUGUAUGACAAAUUGCAGAGAGCUGUGGAGUUUUACCUAGAUCCUAUACAUUUCCCGUACAUUCUAGCCGUCGUUGUUCUUGUGUAUAUUGCUCUCAAGGUAACGCAACUGGUUGUCAGAAGAUACGAGGGUGCACGCGCUCUUGAGUGCUUUCCCGGACCACCUGGUCACUGGUUAUUUGGGCACGUUCGUGAGUUUAAACAAGAUGGAACAGAUAUGGACAAAAUCGUGAAAUGGGGAGAGGCAUAUCCAUUCGCAUUUCCUCUGUGGUUUGGGCCAGUUAUUGCCUUCCUCAAUAUCCAUCAUCCAUCCUAUGCAAAAACGAUAUUAGCCUCAACAGAGCCUAAAGAUGAUAUCGCCUACAGGUUUCUUAUCCCAUGGAUAGGUGAAGGCUUGUUGGUGUCUCAUUCAAACAAGUGGUUCAGGCACAGAAGACUACUCACCCCUGGUUUUCAUUAUGAUGUGCUAAAGCCUUACGUGAAAUUGAUUGCAGAUUCAACUAAAGUUAUGCUGGAUAAAUGGGAAGCCCAUGCCAAAGCAAACGAGUCAUUUGAGCUUUUUCAGCAUGUGAGCCUAAUGACACUGGACAGCAUUAUGAAGUGCGCCUUCAGCUGCAACAGUAACUGCCAGACAGAAAGUGGGACUAAUGCAUACAUAAAAGCUGUGUAUGAGCUGUGUGACCUGGUGAACCUUCGCUUCCGGGUCUAUCCCUACCACAGUGAUAUUAUAUUCCACCUCAGUCCACAUGGGUACAGAUUCAGGAAGGCAUGCAAAAUUGCACAUGACCAUACAGAGGAAGUCAUCAGAAGGAGAAAAGAAAUAUUGAAGCAUGAGGAGGAAGAAGAAAAAGUACAAACAAAGAGACACAUGGACUUCUUAGACAUCCUCUUAUGUGCAAGGGAUGAGAAUCAGGAGGGCCUUUCGGACGAGGACAUCCGAGCCGAGGUUGACACGUUCAUGUUUGAGGGCCACGACACCACGGCCAGUGGCAUCUCCUGGACCCUCUACAGCCUGGCCAGCAACCCAGAGCACCAGCAGCUGUGCAGGGAGGAGAUCAGCCAGGUGCUGCAGGGGAAGGACACCGUGGACUGGGAGGACCUGCACAAAAUCCCGUACACUACCAUGUGCAUCAAAGAGUCUCUUCGUCUGUACCCGCCUGUACCUGGCAUGGCCAGGAAACUGACCAAGCCUAUGACCUUCUUCGAUGGCAGGACUGUACCAGCAGGUUUUCUGGUUGGAACCACUGUUUUUGGUCUGCAUAGGAAUGCGACAGUCUGGGAGAACCCCCAUGUGUUUGACCCGCUGAGGUUUCUGCCAGAGAACUGUGCCAAAAGGUCUCCGCACGCAUUUGUGCCCUUCUCUGCUGGCCCCAGGAACUGCAUUGGCCAGAACUUUGCCAUGAAUGAGAUGAAGGUGGCAGUCUGUCUGACCCUGAGAAAGUACGAGCUCAUGGCCGACCCAGACAACAAGCCCAAGAUGUUGCCGCGCCUGGUGCUGCGCUCCCUCAACGGCAUUUACCUGAAGGUCAAACACCUGGAGCUGGAGCCCUGAGCCAUGCUUUGCUAUCCAUGAGGGUAGAUACAGUACACAGACUCGGUAUCCAACACAUGGAUUCAUUAGCCAGUGAACCUAAACUGGGAGUGCACUUGAGUGCAAACAUCCGCCAAGGCCAAUAGUCCACUCUUGUCAUAAAAUCUCGGAAGUGCAAGAAAAUCUUUAUCCACAUCUGCUGUUUUAAUAGGCCCAUGCUACACACUCUUUCACCAGUUUCAUGAAAUCAACCUUGUAGUUUUUGUAUAAUUCCAUUGACCGAAAUAAACGGUGGAGAUAAAAAAUAUGGAUGUUUUACAAAGCCCUGUUUGAAAGCAGAAUUAAUAUAUCUUUAUUAAGGGAAUUCAAUAGCAAGCUCAGUGUAUAAUAUGUGUAUACAGUACUAACAAAGCAAUCAUUUAUAUUGUUGAAAAUGGAAAAUUGUUUGUAUUUCUAUGGAAUUCAAAGUCUGUAAAUUGAUUUGAAAAGAUUGUGAAAAGUUCUGCUUUUAGGCAUGUUGCAUUUUACUGCUUUGGAAUAGUCCUGCCAGUUAUGUUUAAUUUGAUGUUUGAAUAACACUCAUUCUUCCACUCA